AUGCCGGCUUUUAAUAACACGGUCUCCAGCAGGCCCACCUUCUCCUUCAUUGGCAUUCCUGGUCUAGAGGCUGCACACAUGUGGAUCUCCAUUCCCUUCUGUCUCCUGUACCUCAUAGCCCUUGCGGGGAAUGCUCUUCUGCUCAUCCUAGUUAGAGCAGAGCAGAAUUUGCAUGAACCUCAAUUCUACUUUUUGGCCAUGCUCGCCGUUACUGACUUAGGCCUUUCUUUGUCUACCAUGCCGAGUGUCUUGGCUAUCUUCUGGUUUGAUAUCCGCCACAUUGGCCUGGAUGCCUGCCUAACCCAAAUGUUCUUCAUCCAUACCUUUUCUUCAGUAGAAUCAGGAGUCCUGGUUGCCAUGGCUUUUGAUCGCUUGGUAGCUAUCUGCGCGCCUCUAAACUACAACAGGAUCCUGAACCACUACACUGUUGCCUGCUUAAGUGGAGCGGCCCUUAUACGAGGAGCUGCUCUGCUGGCCCCUCUCCCUUUUUUCCUCAGGACCUUUCCUUUCUGUGGAUCCAAUAUCCUCUCACACUCUUACUGCUACUACCCAGAUAUGCUGAACCUGGCCUGUGGGGAUGUUACUUUCAGCAGUGCCUAUGGACUGAUUUUUGUACUCUGUACAUUUGCAGUGGAUGCUGUCUUCAUCCUAGCUUCAUACAUGAAGAUCUUGGCCACUAUUAUGAAGUUAGAGACUCAAGACAGAAAUUGGAGAUCACUGCACACCUGUGCCUGUCACUUAUGUACAGUUCUUGUGUUUUACCUGCCCCUCAUCAGCCUGUCAGUGUUGCAUCGUUACACCCAGGAUACUUCCCCAGUUUUGUACACCACCAUGAGCAACGCCUACCUUCUCAUGACGCCCCUGCUCAACCCUCUGGUUUACAGUCUUAAAUCCCGGCAGAUUCAGGCUGCCCUGCGCAAGAGAUUUUGGGUGCAACGUGUCAUUGCAGGGGAAUGA